AUGGACCAGACAGCAUUUGUCAAGCCUACCAACAUCAAAGUCAGCGGCCUGAUCUUCUUUGGGCACAGGGACAAAGUUAUGUGUCUGCGCUGCUACAUAGACCGAAAUUUAGUUGAUUACGGUGGUUGGCUUGACGAAGUCUUGUGGGUAGCCAAUACCGAUGAUGAAGAUGAUCUCCGCCUCCUCGACGAGAUCAUUGCUUCAAACCCCUUGCGUCACAAGAAACUUGUUAUACCGGGCGAGAAGCUAUGGGUCUAUACAUACUACAAGGCUUGGCAGCACCUUGAACGUGGGAAAUACUACGUCAAAAUUGACGAUGACAUCGUGUGGGUUCAUGACAAUGCCAUCCCCCAACUCGUCAUGCGAAAGGUUCUGAAUCCGAACGAAUUGGUCGUCUCUGCGAAUGUCAUAAAUAACCCACCGAUGGGUUUUUUACACUAUCACUUUGGGGCCAUGCAUCCAUAUUUUCCGGACCUGGGCAAUGACGAUACGCACCCAGAGUCCUGGAAACCUUCUCAAUAUCCCUUCUGGAAUGGCCCAAGCGACUUCGUCUGGCCACUGCACAACGAUCCACCUUUUCAGAAUCACAGGUGGCUUAGGGUCUAG